GAGCCAGUAAACGGACUUAAAUACCUUCGACGUACGUUUUCUGUCAAUCACCGACAUAUGAAGCGUCAACGGUAACAUUUCGCGUCCGUGUUCUGUCUUUAUUUGUUUUGGCGUGUUAAAAGUCGGCAAGUCUUUCCUUCAUGUUUUUUAAAGGGCAAUGCGCCUCGCGCCGCGGAAGGGGAAGAGGCGGAAGUGAAGUCACUUUUUGACUGAGCGUCCAUGUUAUUAUUGUUAUUUUUGUUGGUCCUGCGAUGAGACGGCCAGCUGCUGGGGAGCCGCCGGCCUGCCGCGACGCUAGCGACCGCCCCGGAUCACCAACGCCGCCGCCCUCCUCGCCCUCGACACCAGGCAGCCUGUCGCCCAGCUGGCACCACAACAUCACAACGACGACGAAGAAGAAGCGGAGGAGGGCGUGAGGUGCCAGCUCACUCCUGCUCGACUCGACUCGGCUCCCGGAGCACCACCAGCACCACAGUUCACCGGUAGUGACACUGACGCGACGCGAAAAUAAAACGGCGACAGAGACAGCAACGCCGGGCGGCUCGGCUGGCGUCGACGCGGCUCGCGAGCAGAGACGCCGCAGACAUGAACGGGAUCACCAAGGGCCGCUUUGAGGUGUUCUGCAACAGCGAUGAAGCCCCCAUUAACAAGAAGCUCCCUAAAGAGCUCCUGCUCAGAAUAUUCUCCUAUCUGGACGUGGUCACCCUCUGUCGGUGCGCCCAAGUCUCCAAGGCCUGGAACGUUCUGGCUCUGGAUGGCAGCAACUGGCAGAAGAUCGACCUGUUCAACUUCCAAACGGACAUCGAGGGCCGUGUGGUGGAGAACAUCUCCAAGCGGUGCGGAGGCUUCCUGAGGCAGCUCGGCCUGCGAGGAUGCCUGAGCGUGGGCGAUGCUUCAUUGAAGACUUUUGCACAGAACUGCCGUAACAUUGAAGUGUUGAAUCUAAAUGGCUGCACCAAGAUCACAGACAGCACCUGCGUAAGCCUCAGCAAGUUCUGCUCCAAGCUCAAGCAUCUGGACCUCACCUCCUGCGUGUCUGUUACCAACCAUUCCCUCAAGGCCCUCAGCGAUGGCUGCCGCAUGCUGGAGACGUUGAACCUGUCCUGGUGCGACCAGAUCACGCGCGACGGCAUCGACGCACUGUCCCGAGGCUGCGCUGGCUUACAGGCGCUGUUCCUCAGAGGCUGCACACAGCUGGACGAUGGCGCCUUGAAACAUUUGCAGAAGCACUGCCAAGAGCUCACCAUUAUCAACAUGCAGUCGUGCACGCAAAUCACAGAUGAGGGCCUGGUGAGUCUGUGCCGGGGAUGCCACAAACUGCAGAUCCUCUGCGUGUCCGGGUGCAGCAACAUCACGGACGCCUCCCUCACCGCAUUGGGACUCAACUGUCCUCGACUGAAGAUCCUCGAAGCCGCGCGAUGCUCCCACGUGACCGAUGCUGGCUUCACCGUGCUGGCCAGGAACUGCCACGGGCUUGAAAAAAUGGACUUAGAAGAAUGUAUUUUGGUGACAGACAACACUUUGGUUCAGCUGUCCAUCCAUUGCCCCCGUCUGCAAGCUUUGUCUCUGUCUCACUGCGAGCUGAUCACGGACGAUGGCAUCCGGGCGUUGAGCGUGAGCGCGUGCGGCCACGACCGUCUGAGUGUGGUGGAGCUGGACAACUGCCCGCUCAUCACCGACGUCACUCUGGAGCACCUGAAGAGCUGCCACCGCCUGGAGCGCAUCGAGCUGUACGACUGCCAGCAGGUCACCCGGGCGGGCAUCAAACGCAUACGGGCCCACCUUCCCGAGAUCAAGGUCCACGCCUAUUUUGCCCCCGUCACGCCCCCGCCCUCGGUGCACGGCGGUGGGCAGCGCCUGUGUCGCUGCUGCAUCAUCCUCUGACAGUGGAGGGCCAGGGGGGGCCACCUCUGCCUGCAGGUGCUGCAGCUCUGAAAAACACAGAGAAGGUUGAGAACAAGAUCUGGUGGAGGGUGAGAGACUGGGGGGGUUGGUUAGGAGAAGGAGAGGAGGGGCUGGACCCACUCAUCUGCUUCCUGGUCCUACCUGGACUGCUACAAAGGCCCCUCCUCUUCCUCAUGACCAUCUUCUUGUGCUUUUGUCGUCCUCCCUUUCGCCCCCUACUGCACAUCCAAGAUGGACGAUCACGUGAUGCCAUGGGGGAAAUAGGACCACCAUUUUGCGGUUUUGUUUGUACAGAGAAGACAUUCAAAGCAACUUUUUUUUUUUGCUUAUAAUGAUGGUUCUACAUGCCCCCCUCUGCCCAAGUGUCAAUUCAGAGCCGCUGUGUGGAAAAAAAAAAUACUACAGCGUUUACAUCAUGUAUUAGUUUAGCACCACGCCAACUCGUUUGCAUUGGUAGCUUAACUUCCUUAAUGCUAGAGAAAUUUUACAAGCGACACCUCAUUUUGACAAUCGCACACCAUUUUUGAAAAAAAAAACAAAACAAAAAAACCCAGCAAAGAAUUUUGCCCAAUCGACAAGAGGACUCAAGGAUUUUAGGCAAGGGAAAAUUUCCAGCAGGAUUAUUUGUGGAUGGCACAAUCAAAAAAAGAUUACAAAAAAAAAGAUGGACUGGCUAAGCCCAGUGAUGCUGAUGCCCUUCCGUCUCCUUUGAAAAGCUCUUUUAACAGUUUUAUGUUUGAGAAAAAAACAGAUGGAUAAAUAAAGUUAAACCAUAGGAAACAGA